AUGUAUGCAGCGGGAGCUUGGGCACCGGCAGCAAAAAAGCUGGGAGUUCGAAAGCAACUGGAUGCAGUGCAGCGAGGUUUUGCCCAGAAAAUAUGCAAAGCAUAUAAAACUGUCUCCCUAAAUUCGGCACUACUACUGUCUGGAUUGCUGCCCUUGGAUCUGAGAAUACAAGAGGCGGCAUCCUUAUAUGAAGCCAAAAGAGGUAGACCACAGCCACAUAUAGGGGAUAGGCAGUUGGAACCGAAGGUACCCUAUACCUCAGCAACACACCCAGCGGAGAGCAAGAGACUCAGUUUUCAGCUCCUGGAAAACGAAGAAGGAAUGGAACCAAUGGAAAACCAACUGUUCACGGAUGGGAGCAAAAUCGAGGGUAAAGUGGGUGCAUCGCUAUCCUGCUGGAAUAGUGGAGCCGAAACAAAAGCCCAAAAAUUUAAGCUCGAGAAUUAUUGCACAGUGUUCCAGGCUGAAAUGCUGGCGGUGCUAAAGGCGACAGAGUAUGUGCUAAAGAGUCCCAAGAAGGACUUUGGCAUAUACAGUGAUUCAAGAUCCGCAUUGGAGAUCAUUGGGAACCUGAACUCCUUUAAUCCGGUGGUGAUGGAAAUACGCAAGAACCUAGCUAAAGCAGAGGAACAAGGCAAAGAAACAAAGUUGUUCUGGGUAAAAGCUCAUGUGGGAACAGCAGGUAACGAACGAGCAGAUAUGCUAUCAAAAGAAGCAGCCCUCACGUUAAAGAGAAAACCGCAUUAUGACCUCUGCCCAGUCUCUUAUAUAAAGAAAAUAAACCGUAGGGAGACCUUAGAAGAAUGGGACAAGCGAUACAAAGAGACGAACACAGCGACAACAACAAAAGUGUUCUUCCCCUCUGCUUUGGAAGCAUACAAGACAAUAAGGAAAAUAAAACAAGAUCCGAUUCUAGUCCAAAUACUGACAGGGCAUGGAGGAUUCUCCGAAUACCUCCACAGAUUUAAAUGUAAAGAUAGUCCGGCCUGUGUGUGUGAUCCUAGCGUCUCAGAAAGUAUACUGCAUGUAAUCACUGACUGCCCUGUGUUCGGCAGAGAGCGCCUGGAAAAAGAAAUAGAAUUAGGCAUAAAAAUUGAAAAAGCAUGGUAA